UCAGUCACACACAUGACUAGCUAACAGCAUCAGCCAAUCAACCAAGCUGAACUUGCCAUUGUCAAUACAGCAGAGCCAGAGCUAAUUAAGGAACCAGCUAGCAGCCUAGCUAGCAAUGGUGCGGAAGCCGAGCCAUGGCGACACCGCCGGCGCCGGCAACGGCGGCACGGAGGCGACGAAGGAGAGGAAGGGUCUGUGGUCCCCGGAGGAGGACGAGCGGCUCUUCGCCCAGAUCACCUACCACGGCGUCUCCACCUGGAGCUCCGUCGCGCAGCUCGCAGGGCUGAGGAGGAGCGGCAAGAGCUGCCGGCUGCGGUGGAUGAACUACCUGCGCCCGGACCUGAAGAAGGAGCCCAUCUCCAAGCGCGAGGAGGAGAUCAUCAUCUCCCUGCAGCGGUCGCUGGGCAACCGGUGGUCGGCGAUCGCGGCGAGGAUGCCGGGCAGGACGGACAACGAGAUCAAGAACUACUGGAACUCCCGCAUCAGGAAGCGCCUCAACGCCGCCGCCAAGUCCGGCGGCGGCGGCGACGGUGGCAGCAGCAGCAGCACCGAGCCAGCGGCGCCGGCCGCCGAGGAGAAGGCGGAAGCGGAACUAACCAAUGCGGCCACCGAAGCGGCGCCUCUGCCCAUCCCCGCACGGUUCCCGAUGUUCGCCUGCCAGGUGCUCGACGGAGCCGGCGACGGCGGCAGCGAGAGCACACCGUCGUCGACCAUUAGCACGCAGCAGAACUCCGGCGACGAGAGCGAGGCGAGCGUCGGCGACAGCGACAUGAUCCAUUUCCUCUCGUUCGAUGACCUGGAUUACCCGGCCGAUUUCCUCGUGGACGUGCCGGGUGCCAUGGACGCGUGGGAGAGUGAACUGUACCCUGCAAAUCCGAUGAGCUUCAAGUGUGAGCUGAGUUAAGAUGACUAGACUAGCCAAUUGUCGGUGUGGUAAAAAAAAAGAGUUGUAUUUCUUGUCAUUUCCAAUAUUUUUAGAAGAAGUUUUUUUCUUUUUUUGGUAAAAGUUAUUGUAAGUACCUUGCUAGCUACCUUGUGUCAAGAAUCAACCAUAUGUUUGUUCAGUUAA